AUGAACUUUCAAGGGAAGCUGCCAUCGCAAACAGAACCAAACCCGAGGAAAAAUGCAAAUGCAGUAACGCUGAGAAGUGGAAAGGUGCUGGAACCAAUUCCUAGCAGAAAUCUUGGCCAAGAAAGUGCCCAAGAAAAACCUGAAAACGAUGAACAGUGUCGGAAAAGUAAGGAAGACAAGGAGAUCCUUGAAAUAGUCAGGAAUGUCGAGAUCAAUUUACCACUGUUAGAUGCCAUCAGACAGAUUCCGCGGUAUGCCAAGUUCCUCAAAGAGCUUUGCACUAACAAACGAAAACUAACAGGUAAUGAAAAGGUAAGUGUUGGUGAGAAUGUUUCCGUAGUGCUACAGCGGAAAAUGCCAGUUAAAUGUAAAGAUAGGGGUGCUAUUAUUCAAUUGGCGGACAUGUCUAUUGUGCAUCCCGAAGGAGUCCUCGAGGACGUCUUGGUAAAAGUUAAUGAACUUAUUUUCCCUGCAGAUUUCUACGUAAUAAAGAUGGAGGAGGACAACACUGCUGGAUCUUCGGACCUCUUGUUGGGCCGACCCUUCCUUAGUACUGCUAGCACCAAGAUCGAUAUUCGAAGCGGCACUCUUACGAUAGAAUUUGAUGGGGAGAUCGUGAAAUUUAAUGUUUACGAUGCCAUUAGCCAUCCCAGCGAAAUCUUGAGCAUAAACCGCGUCGACAUGAUUGACUCAUUAGUAGACGAGACUUUUGAGUUAACUUAUGAAGACAAAUCUGAAUAUAGAUAUGAUGAUUAUGAAUUUGUUAAUAUAUUAUUGUCCCCAUCAAAAACUAAACUUCUACCUUCUGUUGUGCAAGCUCUAGAUUUAAUUGAAACCGCUUCCCGAGCAUCUUAA